CAAUAACAAAGGAGAGCAGUGAGACCUCGGAGGGACUGAGAGAAACAUAUGUUCGUGUUUAAGGGUCCACAAAAAUAGUGUUUUUUUUCUUCAAAGAAGAAGUAUUUAUAUAGAUAUAUAUAUUUAUACUGGGUAACACAUCCUACCUCAACCUUCAAGCGAGCCGAGUUUUCGUUUUGCUCUUUUGUUUUGUUCCGUUUUUGUCUUGUUACCAUCUCUUCCUGUUUACACCGAGUCUCUGCCGCAGGGCCUUAACUUUUGCACACUCUGUGAAAGCUAUGACUGAGCUUUAAGUGUUCCUAAUACAUGAAGGAAAAACUCAUGCACUUCAGCACCUUUCCAGAGGCUUCUGUGAGCAGCUAUAACAGCUGAUGACCAAAGAGCCCCAUCCUCAAGCGACACUAGCAGGACUGAUCUGGCCCCCUCCUCCUCUCCCAGCUCCUCCACCAUGUUCCAGAGGUUCACCAGCAUCCUAUUCGGAGAUGCCCUGGAGGAGGCCAGUGAAUGUCCUGAUGUGGGCUUUAACAGAAAUGAAGACGACGAGGACUGGAUCCUUGUUGAUUAUCUUGCUGAAGCUUGCUCCAGUGCCUGUGAGGAUGAGUUGAUAGAAGUCUGCUCAGAGAACAUAGAUGCUCCUGACUGCCCUCUGCGCUGCAACUCCUGCUCCUCUCUGGAUUCAGCAGCAGACAUGGACCCCGAGGACAGAGGAUUCUUGCACCUGGAUGCUGAGUGUGGUCUGGAGGAGAGCUGGUUUAUAACACCACCACCCUGCUUCACAGCUGGAGGAAGGGGUCCAGUGCUUUUGGAGACCAGUCCUCUCGAGAACCUGCUUAUUGAGCACCCCAGCAUGUCUGUCUAUGCUGUGCAUAGCUCACACCACCGCCAGCUAAAGGAAAACUCUUGCGAACCUAGCAUCCUCAGGUCUGAAGUUCAGCACAGACCCAGUCCCCCUCAUGGCUGCUAUGCAGCUGCUCUCACUGCCACACGUGCCAGCUUCCUAGAGCAGGCCAAAAAUGGACGCCUGGCUCAGAGGAUUCGGGACAAUGUGCAGCGCCAGCAGCUGUCCCGUAAUGCGCUCCGCCGCCUGAACCUGCUCCGCGAUGGGGGAGCCAAACAGGCCAAAGCCGCCACAGGUCAAGUCCACCAGCCUGGACAGAGGCAGUACAACUACUGAGACCAUUGCCACUGUGCCCCCCCCCCCAAAUUAUUCUCUCUCUCUCAAACUCUUCCCAGCUCUAUGCUAGGAGUUAGUCUUUCUUAUGUAAACACAAUGGGAUCCUUCAGAAUCAACAGCAUAGGUCACUUUACUCCAGUGCAGGUACCAAUCUGCUUGAGCGUAUGUCCAAAUCAGGCUCUGUUUAGCUCUGGUUCUCCUACCUGGAGCUAACAACAUAUUUUAAUUGUGUCACAAGUUACAGAGAGCUUACAUAACGGUUGACGUCUGUAUGCGCUUCACAUACAGAGCCAUGUAGUGUGAAUGUAGGUUUUUGUCAUCAUUAUUAUUUUUUGCAUGUUGUAUUUCAGUGGACAUGCAGGAAUUGUAUCAUCCUGUACCUACUUGCUUCAAGUGUAGCAACGUUAAUGGACAUUUUUUUUGCAUCACUAACUGCAUUUUUGUUUGUUUUUGGGUGAAUUGAUCUGACAGGUUCUGCUUUCUGAUUCAAAAAAUUCCUUUUACUACAACAUUUUAAGUCUAGCAUUACUUAUCACUAAAAGCCUUUAGUAGUAAAUUUCCAAAUAUGAAAGAUAUAUUAAGAAAAGCUAUAGAAAUAUUUUUUAAAAGAAAAAAAAAUAUCACAUAUAGUAUAUAACAGUAUGAAGUUGUGUUAUCUGCAGUGUGAGCUAUGUAUGUAUGUAGCUUUAUGGUAGCAGGCAUUUUUGUAUGACAUUAUAGUGCAUAGAAACAGUUGAGUGUUUCUUCUUUUUUUUUUUUUUUUGGUUUGCUUUAAAUCUGCCAUACAUGUCUCAGGGUCACAAAGCAGUCACUUGUACUCUACUAAAAUGCAGAUUACUUGACAAUUGUUAAUUGUAUUUGUACAUACUGAAGAACUUCUUAAAUUUGUCAUUGUGUACAUUACUUGGUUGAAAUAUUUGUAAUUAAUCACUUUUAACUAAGCUGAAAGAAAGCGAAAAGGUUUGUUUUAGGACUGUGAAAAGAAAGUCUUUCUCUUGACUGUUAAAAUCUGCAAACAAUGAGUAAUGUCUUUUUAAAAAAAAAAUUUCUCUCACUGUAAUAGGCUUUUGCAUUUUAUGUAUUACAUGAAAGUUAAAUAUUUAAACCUAAUGUAGCAACAAACUAACAAACAUCUUUGGUUGUUCUAUAUUUUCAGAUUUUUUUAAACACAUGUACAUUGAUCAAUCUGGGAAAAAAAACAGAAUAGUGUUGUGACAUGCUAAAGGUGUCAUUUGGAUGAACUAGACUGAUGGAUAUGAAGUGGCUCAAUUCAUGGCUGGUGUUUAUGACAAUGUUAAGUAUACUUGAGUGAGCACACCCAAGAUGCUCUGUCCCUGGCCACAGGAAUACAUAUGUGUGUUAUUUCACUUAUUUCACUUAACAUUGUUUUCUUUAGCAGUUAUAGAGAUUUUAGUAAUGCGGCAGCUUUGUCCACUUUUUUUUGUCUGGCGAAGCAACAUUUUUUUUUGUGUGUGUGUCUACACCAAUCUAACUUUUUAUGUUAAUAACAGGGAUUUUAUUUUGCCUUGAAAUCUGUUAAGGAUCUUGUGCCUUCCAGGUUAACAGUACGACAAUGCAUUAGUGAAGAACUUGAAUUCUGUCCAAAGGGACUUUAACUCACUAUGCACAGGGGAGUAAAAUUGUCUCUGUGAGCCACUCACUCUGUCCUUGUUUUUCUGUAAAACUGUAGCAAAGGUUCUCUCUGUGUUUGUGUCGAUAAUUAAUAACGUUCCCUUGCUCACUAGGUGUCUCAGUCAGAUAAUUCUUUGAUUUUCAGUUUACUGGAAUAAAACAGCACUUUGCCAAACGAGUAGUUUUUAAGUACCCAAUGUUUAUUUUCCCUUUCGUACAUUGUAGAUUCAUAUUUGACAUGUACACCGUAUGUUAUUUGUAACUAGCAUAAUAUACUAUUGUAAAACCUCUUUGUCAGUAUAAUUUAUGCUCGUUUAUUUUUCAAUAAAUGCUUUGAUUUUUAAAUGAA